ACAGACGAAAGACAAUGGAGAAGGUCAUGCUCUUUUGUGUUUUUUCGUACAGGAUUAUUCAGAUCAGCUCCAGCGAUGCUUCAGAACAUGAUGUGGCUCUGUUAAGAUUCCGGCUGAAUGAAAGCAUCUCUCUGAACUGCAGCUUGAACGGAAAAUUCAGAAUGGCCUGGUAUCACCAGAAUCCUGAUUCUGGACGACUAACACUACUGCUGUCUACCAUCUAUCAAGCCUAUCAAAGCCAUCAAAGCCAUCGCAUAUUUGCAAGAACAGGGACCAACACAGCCUCGCUAGUUAUUACUAAUCUAACGGAGUCAGAUUCAGGUCUUUAUUUCUGUGGAACAGGACAUACAUUUCAUUCAGAAAUGCACUUCGACAAACCCAUCAGACUAGUGAUGGAGGACAGAGAGGACAAAGUUCAUUCUGUCACAGAUCCGCCAGAGGAUGCUGAGCUCACAGCCUCUACAGUCGAGGUGAUGCUGUCGGAGCGUGUGCUGAUGUUCGGUGGUGUUGGUCUGGCUGUGCUUGUUUUUUUUCUGGCUACAGUCGUUGCAGGAGGAAUCAUUCACUGUUACGGCUGGCAGAAAGGAUGGGUCGCAGCCAAACGGGCUGGUCUGACUGAUUAAAAAAAUAACCGUAAUGACCUUUCUUUUUCACUCUAUCACAGUAAUCAUCAUUGCUGUAUGUUACCACUUAUAGUGGCUCACCAAUGUGGUUCAGAUCUCACUUAGACUCCUCUAGGUCUAAAAGGAGCUCUAGAGGAGCAUUAAAGUGCCCCUUUUAUGCUAUUUAAAAGGUUCAAAAUUUGGUUUUGAGAGUUCUCAACAAUAGGUUUACAUGCAUGCGAGAAACAUGCACUUUCAUUGACUCUUGUG